AUGCACACCUACCUUCCCGCCAUCAUCUUUCUUGUUUCGACCUUCUGGGGAUUCUACGGUGAAAUCCCCUUCACUGCCAUCCAAACCGCUCGUCCUUGGACCCAGCGCACGCUAGCCGGCGUUCAGCUAGCCAACUCAGCCUAUGUUCUUCACCAGCUGAUUCCGUCUAGCACAGCUGACUACGGCAUCAUCAGCCUGUCCUCUACGCCCAUCAUCGAUGGCACUACAACACUGAAAAGUAACGACACCGUCCCCGUACAGCCGCCUGCUGCGAGCAUCUUUCCAACGAUCACCCCUAUCCCCCCGAUCAUCCCGAUCCCUCUACGAGCCCCGGCCACUGCGACCCAAAAAGAAGUCGCAGGAUACCCCGAGUGGUACCAGAAUGCCUUCUUAUUCCUCAUGCUGGGGAACUUUUCCAUGCUGGUCAAACUGUUCAUGGAACGAGCCGAAGGCCGGAACCAGGUUUUUCACCUGACCCUUCAGAUCGAGAGGACCCAACAAGAACUUCUUCGGAGUCAGCAAGAAUUCAUCCGUGCGAUGUUCCGCUCGCUUGUGGAGACCGAAAUCCCUCUCGCCAUCAGCCAAGCGUCAGCAGGGUUGGGCUACGAGCUCAGUCUAAACAACCGUCGCUUGGGAGCGGUAGAGAAGCUAGUCCAGCUUCUCCAGCAGAGGGUCGACACCAGCCUAGAGGAAUUCCAGGCUGCGAUGCACAGCAGACCGACCCACAACAUGAAGAGUGACUGUCAUGACGUAGAAGAGGCUGGUGUCGAGAACACCAACGGAAGUAGGCUAUAG